CCAGAUGCCGCCAUGACUCGCCUCGCCAGUUGCUGCCAUGCCAUGCCUCGCCUCAGUCAGAUUUGAUGUACUCACAGUAAUUGAAGCACCACCUCAGUCAGAUUUGAUGGUGGAGCUUAUAAAGAAGCUGAAGCCUCAGGUGGUAGUUUCUGGAAUUGCUAAUUUUGAGACAGGGUUCUUGCUGCUGCAACUAAGAGAUCAGGGAAAGACAGUGAAGCUUCAAAUGGAACAUCUGAGAAUGGAUCAGAUGGUACUAAGAGAGACCGUGUGAUGCCAGAUAUAUGUGUGAUAUGCCUUGAGCAUGAGUACAAUGAUGUUUUUGUCCCAUAAGUUCAUUAGUAUGUUUUGUGUAUUUAUAUAGACUGCUGAAUUGCCUAUUUGUUUGGGUUACAAUGCCAUGUUGCAAAAUUCUUAACUAUUUUCUGAAGACUAAGAAUUGGAGUAUAUGGCCCAUUUCCUAAGCCUUCAAAUUCUAGUUGGUCAGAGACAGGUUGAGGUUUGGAUAUAUUGUAUAAGUUGAUUACAUGUUAUG